ACUGUUUGUAUGAUAGUAUCAAUGACUACACUAGUAACUGCCUUCGUUAUCUGGUUGAUUUGCGUCUGUCCGUCGCUCACAACACUCUCAUAGGUACGAAGUACGUGGUUACGUUUCGUCUUAUUCGUUCGAUGAAAAAUAAUUACUAGAGGUAAAUCAUCCACCGGUAGUAGUACUUUCAAUGGACAACAACCGCUUGUAAUCUUGUCACCAUAACUAAGUUGCAAUUCGAUUCCUCGGAAGCAAAGGCAAUCAGCAGUCCAUUCAUCCAUCCACUGCUAUGUCGUCGGCGAGAAACGCCAACAAAUCCAUCGUGUUUUGGGGCGCUGGUGCAGCCGUGGUAGUGGCUGCUACGGCCUACGUCUUGUUCUCACGCAAUAGCAGUAGCGGCAGCAGCGCUGAAGGCAGCGACGACACGAAACCAAACGAGAACCUGAAAAGUGAAACAACGGUCACCAAACCAUCGAAGGUCACCAAAGAAGCAGUCGCAUCCGACGCGGUCGAGGAGCCGGCCGGUAAGGAAAAGUCUCCUCCAACGCAAGCCGAGACAAAACUAACAGAUGCAACCGACGAGCAAGCCAAAGAACAUGAAGAGCCCCCCCCCGAAACUGCGACAGACACAGAAACUACAGCAGUUGUAGAUGACGUUGAGGAGGAGACGAAACAGGAGCAGCCGCCACUCAAUUCCCCAGCGGAAGAAGUAGUCGUCUUCGAUGAAGCCAAGGAGAACGCCAGAGAGGAAGAGCCUCCACCAACUCCAACACCAACGGCAGCCGAUACAGAACCAGUAGCGGAUUCAGUCAAGGGGGAAACCGAAAAAGAGGAUCUUCCGUCUGAAGCACCGGCCCGGGAAGUGGAAAUUGGAGACUUUGAACUUGAAGAAGCUCUGGCAAAUACGAUUACAACGCGCAGGAGAAAUAAGGCAUCCGCAAAAACGAAAGAAGAGCCGCCUCCAACGCCAGACAAUGCAACCCAGGAAGAGACACCAUCCGACCAGGAGAGCAACGAAACGGCGAUUCCAAGCACGGUUACCACACGCAACAAAAACAGGCGCAAAAAGAACAAAAAGAAAAAGUGGAACACCAACACCACACCGUUGACCGAGCCAGACCGGACACCAGCCGAGACCACCGGCGACGAGAACAACAGCAAGAACAGCAACAACGGGGCAGUAACCGCAGCGACAAACGGUGCAAAGGAUAACAUGGAGCCGGGAGGAAUCGACACGGCCGCGGCGGCCGCCAUUGCGGCCAGAAGGGCGAAGGACAAGAAAAAAAGAAACCGAAGAAAGAAGGCUGCCGCACAGUCUGCGGCCACCAGAGAAAUCAAAGAGUUCCAAAAGACACAGAACGGGAACAGUGGGAAGAAUUAGUGCACCCGGGUGCGUCGAAAAUUCAACUAACUUUCUAAAAUUAUGCGAAGGAGCUAGCCACGUGUUUUAGAUAAAUGUUCAGCAUCAAUUAAUUGCUUUACAUCAU